CAUGUGACAGACAGCAAAAGAAACCUUAAAAAUGGCAAACAAUGUCGGCCAAGGACAAGAAGAGGAGCAGCAACAAAUUCCUCUGCUCACACCCUAUAAAAUGGGAAACUUUCACUUAUCUCACAGAAUUGUUUUGGCACCCCUGACAAGGCAGAGAUCUUACAACACCAUUCCUCAGCCCCAUGCUGCUUUGUAUUACUCUCAGAGAACCACGAAAGGGGGUCUUCUAAUAACAGAAGCCACUGGAGUUUCUGACACUGCCCAAGGAUAUCCUGAUACACCUGGUAUAUGGACAAAGGAGCAAAUUGAAGCCUGGAAACCUAUUGUAGAUGCAGUACAUGCUAAAGGUGGCAUCUUUUUCUGCCAGAUUUGGCAUGUUGGCAGAGUCUCAAGUAUAGAUUUUCAGCCUAAUGGACAGCCACCUAUCUCCAGCACAGACAAGGCAUUGAGCAAAGACGCCAUUGAUGUUGGGCAGUUUAUACGUACACCUCCACGGCGGCUAAGGACAGAUGAAAUCCCCCAAAUCAUCAGCCAUUUCAGGCUGGCAGCAAGGAAUGCCAUGGAAGCUGGUUUCGAUGGCGUGGAGAUCCAUGGGGCUCAUGGCUACCUAAUAGACCAGUUCUUGAAAGACCAAGCCAACGACAGAACGGACCAGUACGGCGGCUCUCUGCAGAACCGGUGCCGAUUCGCUCUGGAAAUCGUCGAAGCUGUGGCGGAUGAGAUCGGAGCUGAGAGGGUGGGGAUAAGGCUUUCUCCCUUUUCCGAUUACUUGGAAUGUGGAGACUCAAAUCCAAACGCUUUGGGGGUUUUCAUGGCGGAAUCGUUGAACAAGUAUGGCGUUCUGUACUGCCAUAUGAUUGAGCCCAGAAUGAAGAAGCUCUGGGAGAAGAGCGAUGGCCCGCAGAGUCUUCUGCCUAUGAGGAAGGCGUUCAAUGGCGCUUUUUUGGUGGCUGGCGGCUAUGCCGACCGGGAAGAUGGGAUCUCGGCCGUGGCCGGAAACCGGGCCGAUCUAGUGGUUUAUGGCCGCGUGUUCUUAGCCAACCCGGAUUUGCCAAAGAGGUUCCAGCUCAAUGCCCCUCUCAACAAGUAUAAUCGAGACACGUUCUAUAUUCCUGACCCUGUUAUUGGCUACACCGACUAUCCAUUUCUCGAAAGUCCGGCUCGAUAAUUAUGAUUCUCCGUCUUGAACAUAAUAUAUGUGCAAUCUAAUUAUCGGUUGAAUAAAAGAUUAGAGGUUUAUGAGUGAAAAAGUUUGGUUGGGUAAUAUGUAUUUAGGAACCGUUUGAAAAAUCAUUCUGGUCAAUGAAAAAUGUCUUUCUAGAUUUUUUGCCCGAGAGA